CCUUGUGGACCCGUGUUUGAGAAUUAGAGGAUACACUAUUAUCCCUCCCCAAAUAGGUACAAGAUUUCAAGUAAUGUGUUAUUUCGUCGACUCGAGGACCUGCAUAUGGGAAUCACAACGUUUCUUGUCCCUCCCAACAUGUAUGCAAGUGGGAACAAGCAUACAACUAUGAUGCUCUCUUGGCGAACUGGAGUGAGCGAAAGUUUACUCGUCAACAUCUUAGCGAGAGAGAAGGUAGUGCACACAGCUCCUGACAUGCGAUAUCGUCUGCUGCAGUGUACAGAGACCAUCGACUUAGACGACGAGACUUCCGCCGAAAGCAUUCGACUUGAGGACUUACAUCUGGGCAUGAUAGAGUGCCUUAUCCCUCCUAGAAUGGGUGCAAGGAACAGACGUGAACUUACCGUGCUCUUUUGGCAGACAGGAGCAGGCAGAAGGUCACUCAUCAACCUCAUGACGGGAGAGGGGGUAGCAUUCACACCUAAUAUGCAACGCCAUAUUCAAUAUUCAGAAACUGUCGACUUGGAUGACAAGAAUUCUAAGGUGUUCCCACGUCUUGAAGAUCCGUACCUGAGCAUCAGAGGAUACCAUGUCCCUCCAAACAUUGGUGCAAGGAAGGAGCACAAAAUUAUUGCGUUCUUGUGGCAGACGGGAACAGGCAAAAGGUCACUCGUCAACCUGAUGACUGAGAAAGGAGGUAGUCCUACAGGUCCUGACAUACGACACCGUAUGCUGCAAUGUUCAGACACUGCCAGCUUGGACGGCGAGAUUUCCAAGGCGUUCUUACGCCCUGAGGACCCGCAUCUGAGAAUCAGAGGAUAUCCUAUCCCUCCCAAAAUGGCUGCAAGUAUGAUCAAGCAUAUAAAUAUCGUAUUGUUGCAGCAAUCGGGAGCAGGCAAAAGCUCACUUGUCAACCUCAUGUCGGGAGAGGAGGUAGCUUCCACAGCAUCUGGCAUGCGACGUCGUAUGCUGCAAUGUUCAGAAACCGUCAACUUGGAUGACAAGACUUCCGAGACAUUCUUACGCCCUGAGGACUCGCGUCUGAGAAUUAGGGAAUGCCCUAUCCCUCCUAAAAUGGGUGCAAGAAGGUCCAAGCAUCAAAAUAUCGUGCUUUUUGGGGAUACUGGAGCAGGAAAAAGUUCGCUCAUCAACCUCAUAGCGGGAAAGAAAGUGGCGCGUACAUCUCCUGACAUGCAACGCUGUACGAUGCACUGGAAGGAGUAUAACAUCGACUUCGGCGAUACAUCUUACAAAGUCUUUGAUACCGUUGGACUCGAGGCACCGCAACUGGGAAUCAAAGAGUACCUCGAGUUUAUCGAGAACGCCUAUCGGCUCAUUAAACAAUUGGAUAAACAAGGCGGCAUUGAUCUACUUUUAUUCUGCGUUCGCGCCGGCAGAGUUACUGCUACGCUGCAGAGAAAUUACAGGCUCUUUCACGAAUUCCUCUGCGAUAAGAAGAUUCCCAUUGUCCUUGCGAUCACGAACCUUGAAAGAGAGAAGAGGAUGGAGGAUUGGUGGGAGAGAAACAAAGGCACCUUCGACAACUAUCAGAUAAAGGUUGCUGGUCAUGCGUGCAUCACCGCCGCCAAUAGAUUGGACGGCAGACACAAAGACCUUUAUGAAGAAUCGCGCGUCACGAUCCGCAACCUUGUUGAGAAAUUUACUGCAAACGAGCAGAAGCAAGCUUGGUCAGGAGGGGAUAAUCUGUUCGUGUCGUGGACACGUCGGCUGAAGGAAUUCCUUCAGGGGAAUUCGCGUGUGAGAAGGAAGGAUCUUGUCACUCAUCUCACUAAGCGUUGCGGUAUUUCUCGAGAAGUCGCAAAACGGUUGGCUGAUAUGAUCAAGCAUGACGUAGAAGCUACUUGACCUUACCCUUUCGACAGCUUUAUGCUCACUCGAUUAUGAAAAUUUAUUUUGCCCU